AUGGUCUACUGUGGAAAGCCCUCGAGGGGCUGCCAGAUGUGCAGGACCCGAAGGAUAAAGUGUGACGAGACGAAACCCACGUGCAACCAAUGCGCCAAGUCACGCCGACAAUGUCCUGGUUACAAGGACGAAUUCGACCUCGUCUUCCGAAAUGAGACCAAGGCUACGGAGAGGAGGGCCCAAAAGGCAAACCGCAAGGCACUCGCGCAGAAAGGAAAGGAUAUCGACUCGCCAUCCUCCGGAUCCGAGAAGGUCGUUUCACCCACGUUUAAGAAGGAAGCCGAUUCCCCAGCCGUCGUCAGUCCAGGCCUGAAUGUGCCUGUCGAGCAGAUGGCUUCAUGCCACUUCGUCGCAAAUUACGUCCUCCUGCCCCGGCAGGGUAGUACCCGCGGCUUCAUGGAAUAUCUGUUGCCACUACUCAAGCACGAUCAAGGAAAUCAUCACCUUCAGCACGCAUUCAACGCGUGUGCACUGGCCUCGCUGGGCAACCGACCGAAUGCCGCCGGAACUGGACUGAGCGACAAGGCACUGGGCCACUACACGAAGGCGCUCGCCGCAACUCAUAUCGCCCUCAAGGAUCCGGACCAGUCCAAGUCUGACGCCACGUUGGCUUCUGUUCUCAUGCUCGGUCUUUUUGAAAACAUGACUGCCCGCCAGAUGGGUAUGUUCGCCUGGGGCUCGCACAUUGAAGGCGCCAUUCAGUUAGUCAAGGCUCGUGGUCGCAAGCAACUGCGAACCAAGACGGGCCUGCUCCUCUUCAUCGCCGUCCGGACACAAAUGAUUAUUCACACUCUCAGCACGGGAACGGCGCCCAUCAUGGGCGUUGAAUGGUGGCUCAGCGACGCCGUCAAGGACGAGUCAGCCGCUCAGUGCCAGAGGCUCAAUAUCAAGACCGCCGAAUUGAGGGCCGAGGUCACGCGGUUGAUGUCGACUGUGGCCCGGAGCCCGGAGAACAUCGAUAUCAUGCUCGACAUGAUUCGUCGUGCCCAGACCGUGGACCAGGAGUUCGUCAACUGGAUGAGGAAUACACCCGACUACUUCCAAUACACGACUGUCGCAUGGGAAGACAACGUCCCUAAUGGCGACUACACCAAGGCGGAGGUAUUCCCUGGCCGGGUGGAUGUGUAUCAAGAUUUCUGGAUUGCCAGCGUCUGGAACAUGGCUAGAGUGUCUCGCCUCAUUCUCGCGUCGGUGAUCGUUCGUUGCGCCGCCUGGGUCUGCUCUCCCGUGGACUACCGCACAACUCCGGAAUACGCAACGGCUGCGCGGACAUGCGUUGACACGAUCAGCGACAUUAUUGCAUCGGUGCCAUACCACCUGGGCUGGCACUUGAAGAGACCCGAGCUUCUCGAGAGGGCCAACAUUUCCGGCUUCGCCUGUGGCCUCGAAGAGUCGCAGAAGGGUCUCCCCGGUUACUUCCUCACCUGGCCGCUGGCUUGUCUCCACGGACAGGACUACACCACCGAUGCACAGAGAGCCUGGGUCGUCGGGCGCCUCAAGUUCAUCGGUGACGAGCUCGGCGUCAAGUACGCUCACAUUCUUUCACAGAUGCAAAUCCGCAUCCCGUCAAUGCUCAUCAGAAGAGAUGGCCUGAUGGCGCAGCCGUACCCCCAGGCCCACAACUUUGAGAAGCUGCUCUCAGCGAGAUAUGCGCCUCCCACGGCUGGCUACUCGAUGAAUCCCCUUCAGCAACGCGAGGCCAUGCAAAAGGAGUUCGUGGAGAAGCACAAGGCGGAGCUGCUCGCGAAAGCUACCGGAACCGCCGGCCAGGCAGGGCAGUGGGUUGCCCAAAACUGGCUGACGGUGCGAUCUGGCCCACAAUGA